UCUAAGAACUAGUUUUCUUUUCUCCACAUUAACAGUCAGUGUGAAGAGCUGCAGCUGACUUUAGCCUCCAAGACUCCAGAGUGAAGUCUGCUUCCUCAUCCAGAUGGAAUUCACUUCACCAUAAUCAGCCUGAACCUGAGUCCUUUCACCUUUCUGUGCUCAGUCAUCGACGUUAUUUCUCCGGAAAUAACGGAGCUUCUGUUCUGAAGGAUUUCACCGGAAGUGUCGGCUUGUUGCUGCUUGUACAUUAAGUCUAGAAAUCGAAAGUGUCCUGGAUGCGUCGGUUGAGCUGUGAGGAGUGGCCUCAAGAGUCCUUAUAUCUGAACAAAUAAACUGGUGUUACGAUGUUUCUUCUUCAGAGGAGUUGGACAGAGAUGGAGCUUCUUCCUCUCGUGUGUUUCUGUCUCCUGACCUGCUCUGGAACAACGUUUGGUGACGAAGGACCACUUGUCACCACAAGGAUGGUAAAACUAAAUGGGGAAGUCAUUUUACCCUGUUCCUUCAGCACCAUUGACAUUACAGCUGAAACAUUUGACUGGAGAAAAGAGGAUAUGAAGGAGGUGUUCAUGUACGCUGCAGGGAGUCAUUAUAAUAACGGACGUCCAGGUCAAGAUCCAUAUUUCAAAGGUCGAGUCUUUCAUUUUGAUGAUCAGCUCCAGUCUGGUAAUGCCUCCAUAGUUAUCAGAAACAUAAAGAAGACAGACAGUGGAAGGUACAGCUGUAUUUUUCCAUUUCCUCAGCCUGGAAGGACAAGAUCCAUCAUUGAGCUCAUUGUUGAUUGUAUCUUAAAAGACAGAACGAAGGAAAAUAAACCAGGUUCGUCUCCAGAACCAUCUGUCACAAUUCUUCCAGGAACAAGUGACCAGGCUCUUCUGCAGUGUAAAGUUCAAGGUGCUUUUCCAAAACCUAAAGUCCAGUGGUUGGACAGUGACAACAACACAGUUACUGCUGAAGAGCCACAAGUCACAGAGAGUGAAGGCAAAUACAACAUUAUCCUAAAAACUACUGUGAAAAAAUCUGAUGUCUAUCGCUGUGUUUCCACACAAGAAGAAAUCUGUCAUCAGGUUUAUCAAAACAUACAAGUACCUUUGCAAGAAAAAACAACAGCAGAGCCAGUUACCCAAGGGUUCUCUGUUGGAGUGGUUGCUGCUCUUGUUGUUAUCAUUGUUAUUCUCGUCAUUGUUCUUGCUGUUGUUCUUUACUUCAAAAGAAACCCUAAAGGUUCUCUAUCAACAAGAACAAAUUCAGGUCCUGAUGAUGGUCAACACCCUCUAAAAGCAUGUAACAAACGUGAAGCAGACAAAUCUGGCGAAGCUCAACAUCCAUCAUCAGACAAACAUGAAGCACUCAGACUAGAGAAAUCUGACAAAGAACUGAUCAACAAUGAAGAGGAGACUAUAGUUCUAUCAUCAGGUAAAACUGAUGGUGACAGAUCCUGAGUGAUUUGUGUAUUUCUGCUUUUAUUCCUGUGGGGAUUAUGUUGAGUUUCAUUGGAAACAUAUGGUUAAAAUCUUUUUUCGUUCUUUAUAAACUUCCUUAAACUUGCUUAAAAUCCCAUCUCUGUCAAAUAUAAUGAGACUUAAAAUCCUCCAAACACUGGACAGAGCAGUUUUACUUGGAGCAAGUUAAACAUACUCCCACAGUCUGACAAUCUUCAAACUCACAAUUAAUGAAUAAAUCUGAGUCUGUAUCAAUAGUAAACACAGGACAUAAUAUCAGUGAGAUUUAAAUCAUCCCUUCUCUACACACUGACAGCUGGAUAAGACUGUAGGGAUGAAAUAUAUAAGGGUUUGACUGGUUUUGUCCUGGGUUUUCUUGUUAUUUUUCUUCUUCUUCUCAUACUCACAGAUUUUGUCAACAGAUCUGGCCUUGGACAGUCUGUGUUGACUUUAAUUAAUGUCGAUCUUUAUGCUGUGGUUUAGUUGAGGUGAAGAGUCAGAUUGGCUCAUUGAGUAUAUUCAUUUAAAGGGGUCAUAGAGCUGAGGCAGGAAAGUCUGGAGGAGGAUUCAGAGCUGAGAGUCAGACUGUAGCUGAGAUCUAGAGGCUUAAGGUUGUUUAUUCUCUAAAAUGAGCCAGUCUUUCAUCUCAGUGGGUCCUUGUUUCCAGUGUGAGACUGUGCGUUGAUUGUAACUAAAUGUUUGUGGUAACAGCUGAUCAGUGUCUACAGAAGCUUGGAGCAAUUUGAUUCCAUUCCUCAGAACAGAACCACUUCAGUUCUGAGAUGUUGGUGAUUUUCUCUCAUCAACUGAUGCUACAACAUUUCAACAUUAUUACUAUUAAGGUCAGAACUUUGACUUGUUCCUGAACAUUCAUCUUGUUCUUCUUUAACCAUUCUCUUAAAACUAGUUAGACUGAACCAGAACAUUCAAGAGCUUUAUUAUUAAAAUCUGAUCCUCACGUUCAACAACAGAACAACAACAGUGAACUGUUAACAUGAGAAGAAUGACACCACAAAAAAAGAUACAUUCAAAAACAAUAAAUAAAAUAAAAAUGUGGCAAACAUUGAGGAAGUAAGUUGUUCUGGAGAUGAACAUUUUACAGCCUGUUACUUCUUUUCAUGAAUUAACAUAAAUCUGUCAUGUACAGUUUCAAACAGAAACACUAUGCUCUUGUUGUUGCCAUGUUUACAUAUAUAUAGUGUAUAUGAGGUAUGUUUUUUAUUUAGAGGUUCAGUUAAAUAUUUUUUGUCGUUAGUAAACAAUAAUUGCUGAAUAAAAUUGAAAUAUCGUUUCUUAGAAUCUUGAUCAAAUAUUCCGUUUAAUUGAUUCAUUGUUUAAUUGUUCCAGCUUGAAUGUUAAUAACCAAGGAUGCACUUUCUGAUUAUCAUGUAUUUUCAUGCUGUGCUUUAUUAUUUCUAUCAAUAAAUUUAAAAAAUGUCAAA